ACCGGAAACUGGUGCAUUAUUAUUACGUUCAGUAUCGUUUCGUGAUUCAGGUGAUUAUCUAUGUUUGGUCAAUAAUAAACGUGAAAAUGGUCAAGUUCGUCUUAUGGUUCAAGAUGUACCAGAUCCUCCAGGUAAACCAUUCAUAAUGUCAUUUACAUCACGUUCGGUAAAUUUAUCAUGGGCACCAAGUUUUAAUUCACAUAAUUCACCUGUAUUGAAUUAUAUUAUUCAUACAAGAAUUGGUGAAAAUGGUGAUUGGGAUAGUAUGAAUGGUAUAUCAACAUUAGAUAAUCGUACUGAAUAUUAUAUUGAUAAAUUACAACCAUUUACUGUUUAUUCAUUUCGUGUUAUUGCUGUUAAUGCAAUCGGUGCUAGUCAACCAAGUAAAGAAUCUUAUUAUACUGUUACCUUACGUGAAAUUCCGGAUGGAAUUCCAAUUGGAUUCCGAUGCGUAAACAAAUCAUCAUCAUCAUUAAGUUUUGAAUGGCAUCCACCACCACGUAAUACAAUACAUGGUGAAUUUAUUGGUUAUCGUUUACGUUAUCAUAAAAAUGGUAAUUCAGCUUCAUUAUUAGUAUUACAUGAACGUGAAAUUACUAUUGGUGAUCCUGAAGCAAAGAAUUAUACGAUAAGAAAUUUAGAACCAUAUACAGAAUAUUUUGUUACAUUACGUGUUUUCAAUCCAAAAGGUGAUGGUCCUGUUGCUACAUUGGCUGCUACUACUGAUGAAGGAGUUCCAUCACCACCACGUAAUGUUACUGUACAACGUAUAAAUAAUUUAAUGGCACGUGUACAAUGGAACGAACCAUUACAACUAAAUGGCCGUAUAAAUGGCUAUCAUAUUUAUGUACAUAAUAUGGCUGCUAAUCUAACUGAAGUAAAACGUUUACAAACAUCGGAUUUUACACAACAUUUAUUUGAAUAUACUAUUCAUAAUCUAAAACCAUUUACACAAUAUAAAGUUUGGACAAAAGCAUAUACUGAACGUUCAGAAGGUGAAGCAUCAAGAACAAUUGAAUUUCGUACAGAUGUUUCUGGACCAUCUGCACCAUAUAUAACUAAUCUUACCUGUGAAGGUGAUGAUGCACUUAUUGUACAAUGGACACGUCCAGAACUUUUUUAUCAUAAAAUUGAUUAUUAUUUUGUUUAUUAUCGUUCCGAGCAUGAUUCGGAUGAUAAUUUUGAAGAAAUUCCUAUAAAUAUACCCGGUUUUGAUACAUCAUUUGAACAUUAUACUAAAAUUACCAAUCUAACUAAAGGAACAUUAUAUGAAGUUAAAGUUCAAGGAGCAACCCGAAGUCUGAAAGAAAGUAAUAAACUUUAUCGUGGUGAUUUUAGUGAAUCACGUAAAGUUAUUCUUCAGAGCUAUGCAUCUGGUUCGGAAAUAUUUUCCGCUUCAUUAAUGGCCGGAUUAACAUGUGCACUAUUGGCAUUCCUAUUGGCAUUGGCUAGUUUUUUUCUAUGGAGAAAAUAUUUUCAAGCAGCCUAUUAUUAUCUGGAUGAUCCAGCUGUUGGUGGUGGUGGUGGUAGUAGUAAUCCAAGAUCAUCACCAAAUUUAUCUGAAGUUUAUAUUGAUGAAGCAGAAUAUCCACCAAUAAUAACUACACAAUGGUCAAGACAUGUACAAGAAUUACAUUGUGAUAGUGAUAUUGGUUUCACUCGUGAAUAUGAACAAUUACAACGUUCAACCGAAGUACAUGCCGAUCGUCUUUCAUCUGAACAUUCACAUAUGACUGAAAAUAAAACUAAAAAUCGUUAUGUUAAUAUUGUUGCAUAUGAUCAUACACGUGUAUUAUUGAAACCAUUACCUGGACAAAAGAAAACUGGUCAUGAUUAUAUUAAUGCUAAUUAUAUUGAUGGUUAUCGUAAAUCACAAGCAUAUAUUGGUACACAAGGUCCAUUACCGGCUACAUUCGAUGAUUAUUGGCGUAUGAUAUGGGAACAAAGAGUUUGCAUUGUUGUUAUGAUUACCAAUCUAAUGGAACGUGGAAGGAGUUAUCUUCAGCGUCAUGCUGAAAUGAUGGAUGAUGGAAGAAAAUGCGAUUUAUAUUGGCCAAAAGAUGGUACCGAAACAUAUGGUAUUGUACAGGUUCGCUUGUUACAAGAAGUUGUAAUGGCUACAUAUACUUUACGUACUUUUCAUGUUAAAAAUCUUAAAAUCAAAAAGAAACAUGGAAAUGAACGUACAGUUUAUCAAUAUCAUUAUACAAAUUGGCCUGAUCAUGGUGUACCGGAACAUCCAUUACCAGUAUUAGCAUUUAUAAGAAAAUCAGCUGCAGCUAAUCCACCGGCUGGCGGUCCGAUUAUUGUUCAUUGUUCAGCUGGUGUUGGUCGUACUGGAACAUAUAUUGUACUUGAUGCUAUGAUGCAACAAAUUAAACAUCGUAAUUGUAUCAAUGUAUUUGGUUUUCUUAAACAUAUUCGUCAACAACGUAAUUUUCUUGUACAAACUGAAGAGCAAUACAUUUUUAUACAUGAUGCAUUAAUGGAAUUUCUUGAUGCUGGUGAUACUGAAGUACCAUCAACACAUUUAUUACGUUAUUUACAAACAUUACAAACCGGUGGUGAACCAAAAUUAAAUGGUACGGAUAAUGGUUUAAUAUCAUCAACAAUUGAUAAACAUAGUCAUUGGCCAUUACUUGAACGACAAUUUCGUAUGGUCACACAAUUUAAAGCAAAAGAUUUUAAUGUUGUUUCAGCAUUAAAACCAUGCAAUAAACCUAAAAAUCGUUCAUUAAAUCUUAUACCAUUGGAAGCACAUCGUGUUCAUAUAUUACCACGUACACCUGGUGCUGAAGGUUCUGAUUAUAUUAAUGCAACAUUUUUGACUGGAUUUAGUCGACUUCGUGAAUUUAUUAUUACACAACAUCCAAUAUGGGAUACUGUUCCUGAUUUUUGGCAAAUGAUUUGGGAUCAUAAUGUACAAACAAUAGUGAUGCUUUCAUCCGUUAUCGAUGAAAAAGAAUUUCCACAAUUUUGGCCAGAUAAAGAAGAUGAAGCUGAUUAUGGUUCAUUUAAAGUAAAAUUAAUUGAAGAAUCACGUUUAAUGUUAAAUUGUGAAAAUGGUAGCAUUGCAAAUGGCUGUCCAAGUGGUUCUGGUUUUAUUACUAAACGUGAUUUAAUGUUACAAUCGACACAAGAUGAUUAUGAAUUAUGUUGUCGUUUAGUACAUUGUGCUGAUUGGCCUGAACGACAACCAUUAGCACAAGUUUUUGAUCUCAUUAAAAUUGUUCAAGAUUGGUGUACAUCGGAUACGGUUACAUCAUCCGGUGUAUUAGGACCGGUAGUUGUUGUUGAUAAAUUUGGUGGUACUGAAGCAGCUACAUUUUCCAUAUUAACAACAUUAUAUAAACAGCUCAAUUUUGAAGAUUGUGUUGAUGUUUAUAUGUAUGCAAAACUUUAUCAUCUACGACGACCAGGUAUUUGGCGUUCACAAGAUGAUUACCUGUUUCUUUAUCGUGCAUUGGAAGCAUUAGUAUCAUCAACAUCAACCGUACAAUAUACAAACACACAAACACCACAAUCUGGUUCAGGUACUAAUGUUAAUACAUUAACAAGUACAUCAUCAGCAACACAUUUAAUGGGUUCAAAUACACCACCACCAUUAACAUCAUCAUCAACACCAAAUGAAGCAUUAGCACAAUCAUAUGCAACAUUACCACGUGUUAAUUCACGUAAUAGUAGUCAUCGACAGCAACAACAACAACAACAACAGCAUAAUCAUUUUGGAACAAGAGGACCAAUUGUUGAUUUGGAUCAACAACAACAACAACAACAGCAACAUUAUGUUAAUCAAAAUCAACAUCAACAUCUUCAUCACAAUCACAAUCAUCAACAACAACAACAACAGGAUAUUUCACCCGUCAAUCAUCAUCAUCAACAUCAAGCUGUUAAACGACAACAACAACAACAACCAUCGCAACAUUAUCAUCAUACUGGUCAUCGUACACCAUCACCAUUUAUGUGUGAUAGUCCACAACAAUUAUUAUCAGUACAAGCAACAACCGGAACAACUGGUUAUAAUUCCUAUCAUAUAUCGAUGAUGUCAACAGCUAAUGCUAAUAAUAUUGCUGCUGCAGCUGCUACUGCUGCUGUUGAUCAAUCAAAUCAAAUUGUCCAUUCAUAAAUUUUCAUAAUCUGCGUUUGAAUUCGGAAAUUCUUGAUACUCUCAAUACCUGAAUCUGAUUCAAAAUUGACGACAAAACAAACC